AUGGCUCUCCACUUCCCCCUAUCUCUUAUUGAUCUGUCUAUCUGUCUUGGACUGUUCAUUAUCAAUAUAUCUAUCUAUCUUGGACCAAUCAUUAUCUAUCUACUUAUCUUGGACUGUUCAUUAUCUAUCUAUCUUGGACCAAUCAUUAUCUAUCUAUCUAUCUAUCUAUCUUGGACCAUUCAUUAUCUAUUUCACUAUCUAUCUAUCUAUCUAUCUAUCUAUCUUGAACCGUUCAUUAUCUAUUUAUCUAUCUACCUUGAAUUAUUCAUUAUUUAUCUAUCUAGGACCAUUCAUUAUCUAUCUAACUGCCUAUCUAUCUAUCAAUCUAUCUAUCUAUCUAGGGCCAUUCAUUAUCUAUCUAUCUAUCUAUAUAUCUAUCUAUCUAUCUAUCUAUCUAUCUAUCUAUCUAUCUAUCUAUCUAUUUUGGAUUAUUCAUUAUCUAUCUUGAAUUGCCAUUCAUUAUCUUUCUAUCUAUCUAUCUAUCUUGGACUGUUCAUUAUCUAUCUAUCUAUCUAUCUAUCUAUCUUUCUAUCUAUCUAUCUAUCUAUCUAUCUAUCUAUCUAUCUAUCUAUCAUUUUGCCAAAAAUAAAACAACAAAUGAAAAGCUACCCCAAAAUUAAUACUUAUCUAUCUAUCUGA